AUGUCUGGUAUAGGCGAGGUCCUUGCCAUUGUUAGUUGUGUCGCCGGACUCAUCCAAGCCUACGAUGCUGGGAGUCGCAUAGUGCGGCAGAUCAAAGCCAGGCGACAAGCUCAUGGAGCACUUCCUCCAUCCGAUCUCCUCGAGCAGUCUAUCGAUAAAGGAAGGAAGGAGAUCCAGAAACUGGUCGAGGAUGGGAGGCAGCGCUUUGGCCCGAGUUUCGAAGAAGGCGACACCACCGCACAGCUAGCCCUAUACAAGAUCACAAUUGCAACCCAGCAAGCUCUUUUAGAUGGUCUGACCCAAGCCCGAGAUGACGAUGGAAUCAUUGAUUUUGAUUACUGCAUCGACACCUCCGAUAAGGGUCGCAACGAAGCUCUCCUCGCCCUACAUCAACUCUUUCAACGCAAACUCGAGGAAGAGAUGGAUCGAAAGAGAUCUAACCCUGCCCGACCAUCACAAGCUCCAGUCUCAGCCCAUGCUCCAGGACCCUAUUCUUCACCCCCUUCGUAUCAGCAUGCGUCACUCCACAAAGAAGUCGAAGGCUUUGACCCAGCCCAAAAAGAAGAGGAACAGCCUCCUUCACCCUUACCCAAGAUCAAGAAGUCGCGGACAUUUGGUCAAGCUGUCUUUCGACGAAAGUCAAGCAAUACUCAAGAUAAUUAUCCGCCAAAAAGGGAUGGACCCAGGUCUGAUAAGCUGGCCGAUGUGUCUCCCGGAUUAUCCGAGCAGGAAAUGAAACCAUCGGUCAAUCGUCGAAAUAAAACAACCUCGAUGCUCUCAAAUGCCACCUGGUCUAGCACUUCUACCGACUCGACUGUAGUUCGACCAGGAUCAAUUGCUAGAUCCAACACUUCCGCUUCUUCUAUCACCAUGGUCUCACGUCGUGAUACCACGUUUUCAACCAUGUCUAGGAUGUCGUCAAGGUCCGGCAUGUCUGCCGUUUCAUCCAUGUCCAAUAUGUCCAUCUCGCCCAUCACAAAAUAUGGUGCUUGUUGCAAAUAUGCCUACGAACUCCGAGAGGGCAAUAUCAAAAAGGGCCUAAUGCUACAAAUGGCAGGCUUUUAUGGCGGGCAUGCGUUUUAUAGCUGUCCCAGUACCAAAUGCGAGUAUCAAGGCCCAGCUGCCCAGGAUAAGAAAGGAUACAAGAUUGAUCACAGAGUGUUCAACACUCCCCAGGGAAUCAAAUAUCGUUGGCUCAUUCUUGCCAAGUCACAUGUUCCGCAACGAGAUUCUCAAUAUCCAUCCUUUCGGUGCCUGGUUUGUGUCCUUUCGAAGGACGAUUCAGCCAUCUAUGAUGGUAAAGAAUCUUUGUUUGCACACCUGGCAGAUCAUCAGGGUGCAUUUCUAGGCGAAACUUUAAUUGGAGGCCAACUAAUUUUUGACAACCACGGGGCGAGAUUAUGUCAAGACUCGGAAUUCGAUAUCAAAUUCCCAGAGCUGGCGCCAAUCGAGCCAGUGCAAGAACAAGGGGUUGCAGUAGUUGUGUCUGCCACAUUGCCAUUGGAAACUCGUCACUUUGACCCACACCUACCAGUUAAGACAUCAAGUACGACCCCAUAUCCGUACGAGUCUGAUGACAACCCUUGGGUC